GGACGGGCUGCGCUCUUCCACUUGAGCAGCCAACUUGUUAUCAGGGCGCAUUCUCCGGUUGCUAUGAGGAGGGAAAGACCCACCGCGUCCAGAUAAACAUUUACUACUUUUUUAACGUCCAUUUUUAAAUCUUUGACUUUUUGCGCGAACGGAAAACAGCCAGACGUUGGCUCAAACUUCAGGGGCGCACCAUAAAGUAGGCACACAUUCUUGGCUGUAGCCAUUGUUUCCUCACACAUGGAUAUUUAGUGCAUUGAGUAACUUCUAGCUGGCUUGGACUGCAGUUUUUGUGUCCCCCGGGGCUCUACAGGAGGACAUCCCACAGUUCGGACGCACGGAGAGGGGACGCGCACGCUGCGAAGGAGACAAACUUUCACAAGUUGCUGCAAAUACUGUGGAUUAUUGUUGCCAUGGACGUCAGGACAACGUCCAGAAGAUGAUAAAAUGGACAUUUACUUGUAGUUAGUUUUGUCUCUCCACUGAGCCAUUUGGACGAUCUGAUUACAAGUGGUUUGUUGUAGCAGUUGCACACGUUGUGUUUUUUUCUGCUCCUCUUGUCGAUCCAAUUUACUGGUGUGCAAAUAUGCCUCAGCUGAACGGAGGUGGCGGGGAUGAUUUAGGGGCCAACGAUGAAAUGAUAUCUUUUAAAGACGAAGGUGAACAGGAGGAAAAAAUUUCCGAAAAUGUCUCGGCGGAAAGAGACCUGGACGACGUUAAAUCCUCGCUAGUCAACGAGUCGGAAAACAACAGCAGCUCGUCAGAUUCAGAGCAAGCAGAGAGGCGCCCCCAAACCAGAGUUGACUCAGAAAGUUAUGAGAAAGCACGAGACUACUUCAGUGAAGCACUGAGAAGACAGCAAGAUGGAGGUCUCUUUAAGAGUCCCCACUACCCUGGUUACCCAUUCCUCAUGAUCCCUGACCUCACCAAUCCAUACCUAUCCAAUGGCUCUCUGUCUCCCAGUGCAAGAACAUACCUGCAAAUGAAAUGGCCUCUUUUGGAUGUUCCCGGCUCUGCAGGACUCAAAGAUUCCCGAUCUCCAACCCCAGGCCAUUUAUCCAAUAAAGUUCCUGUAGUGCAGCAUGCCCACCAUGUCCACCCGCUGACGCCCCUCAUCACCUACAGCAAUGAACACUUCUCUCCUGGCACGCCACCAUCACACCUCUCUCCAGAAAUACUCGACCCAAAGACAGGUAUUCCUAGGACACCUCACCCAUCAGAGCUCUCUCCGUACUACCCCUUGUCUCCCAGUGCUGUUGGUUCUAUCGCCCACCCCCUGGGAUGGCUCAUGCCACAGCAGGGCCAGCACAUGUACUCCAUCCCUCCGGGGGGAUUCCGUCACCCCUACCCAGCACUAGCAAUGAAUGCAUCCAUGUCCAGCUUGGUGUCCAGUCGUUUCUCCCCUCACAUGGUGACUCCACCACCGCACAGCCUCCACCAAACUGGCAUUCCCCAUCCUGCCAUUGUGUCGCCAGCCAUCAAGCAGGAGCCCAACAGUGACAACACCACCCCCUCAAUGCAUGCCAGGAAAUCUCCCAUCCCUCCCAAGAAAGAGGAGGACAAGAAGCCUCAUAUCAAAAAGCCUCUGAAUGCUUUCAUGCUGUAUAUGAAGGAGAUGAGAGCCAAAGUAGUGGCGGAGUGCACUCUGAAAGAGAGUGCUGCCAUCAACCAGAUCCUUGGAAGACGGUGGCAUUCCCUAUCAAGAGAGGAACAAGCCAAAUACUAUGAGUUGGCUAGAAAAGAACGGCAACUCCAUUCCCAGCUCUACCCUGGAUGGUCAGCAAGAGAUAACUAUGGAAAACGAAAAAAGAGGAAGAGGGACAGUAAAACUGACUCAAAACCGGAAGACUUCUCAAUAAGAAGCAAGAAGCAGUGCGUUCAGUACCUGCCCUCAGAGAAGAUGUGUGACAGCCCAGCGUCUUCCCACGGAAGCAUGCUGGAUUCACCAGCCACCCCCUCUGCAGCUCUGGCCUCCCCUGCUGCUCCUGCGGCCACUCACUCCGAGCAGGCCCAGCCACUAUCGCUCACCACCAAACCGGAGGGACGCAUGCACCACCACUUUUCUGUACUCGGAAAGGCUUCUGGAUCUACGUCUUCCUCCUCCUCAUCCUCUUCAUCUUCCUCCCAACCAGCCAUCUCUAUCCCUAUUGGUACUUCAGGAAGCCAGUCGACCCCACCCAUCCUGACUCGGCCGAUCCCCUUCACCUCUCUGCACCCUUCCAUGCUAUCGCCCCCUUCUCCUUUCCAUCAGGCAGCCCUUCACUCCCAUCAUGCCCUGUUCCAGUCACAGCCCCUCUCCCUGGUUACCAAACCAACUGAAUGAAUCUGAAAAAACAAUUUUUCUAGCAUUUAUUAAGCUGUAUAUUGCUUUUCCUUAAGCUAGGUAGUCAAGCAACUUUUUUAAAAAUAAUGAAAAGGAAGAAAUAUUAUUGGUCAAUAUUUGACUGUCUCCUUUUCUACUCAAUGAAACAAAAUGUAUUUUUUGUAAAGUUCACUGCAGAACCAGUUUUGUUUUGAUGCAUUUAUCCAAUGAACCUCUUGUAUAAAAGAACCAAUGUACAUAUCGUUUCUUUAUAAAAACAAAAAUCGAACAAAAACACAUUUUCUUUGUAGCCAAAAUCUGAUUAAUGUUAGUGUUGUGUUUUUUUGUCCUUCAGCUGGCCAAUAAUUUGGAAGCCCUGUUUUCAAUUCACAAGUGUGUGCCCCUUCUUUGACAUGUUAAAUAAACAUUUGAAAUGGUUUCUUACAGCAAA